UCCUGCGGCGCUGCAUGUCAGACCGCUCAACACGUGUAGUGAGGGAACCAAGUCGGUAGGUUACCCCCACGAAUAGUGGUUGCGACCAUCAGGCCGAAAUAUUUUUGUCUUCGGGAAACACGACUCCAAAAUCUGCCUGCAGUGGAUCUGUUACACUUAGGAAGCUGGUGAUCGAUCGAUAGCUGAACAUUAAAACGCGCAUCUUUUCUUGUUCUGCUUCCUCCCACACGUCACAAUGAAGUACAUACUGGUAACUGGAGGGGUCAUCUCUGGCAUUGGCAAGGGCAUCAUCGCCAGCAGCGUGGGCACCAUCCUCAAGUCCUGCGGCCUGCACGUCACCGCCAUCAAGAUCGACCCCUACAUCAACAUCGACGCCGGCACCUUCUCCCCCUACGAGCACGGUGAGGUGUUUGUGCUGGACGACGGUGGCGAGGUGGACCUGGACCUGGGGAACUAUGAGCGCUUUCUGGACAUCCGGCUCACCAAGGACAACAACCUGACCACCGGCAAGAUCUACCAAUCCGUCAUCAACAAGGAGCGCAGAGGGGACUACCUGGGCAAGACCGUGCAAGUGGUGCCCCACAUCACAGACGCCAUCCAGGAGUGGGUGAUGCGCCAGGCGAGGAUACCUGUGGAUGACGAUGGGGUGGAGCCCCAGGUGUGCGUGAUCGAGCUGGGAGGUACGGUGGGAGACAUCGAGAGCAUGCCCUUCAUCGAGGCCUUCCGCCAGUUCCAGUUCAAGGUCAAGAGGGAGAACUUCUGCAACAUCCACGUCAGCCUCGUACCACAGCCCAGUGCUACAGGGGAACAGAAGACGAAACCAACACAGAACAGCGUCAGAGAACUCAGGGGACUGGGGCUGUCUCCAGACCUGAUCGUGUGCCGCUGCUCCACGCCACUUGACAACGCUGUCAAAGAGAAGAUCUCUAUGUUCUGCCACGUGGAGCCUGAACAGGUCAUCUGCAUCCACGACGUCUCCUCCAUCUACCGGGUACCGCUGCUGCUGGAGGACCAGGGCGUGGUGGGCUACUUCUGCCGCAGGCUGGACCUGCCCAUCGAGAUGAGGCCCCGCAAGAUGCUCACCAAGUGGAAGGAGAUGUCAGACAGGUCCGACCGUCUCCUUGAGCACUGCUCCAUCGCCCUGGUGGGGAAGUACACCAAGUUUUCCGACUCCUACGCCUCCGUCAUCAAAGCCCUGGAGCACUCAGCCCUCGCCAUCAACCACAAGCUGGAGGUCAAGUACAUUGACUCUGCGGACCUGGAGCCGGCCACCCUGCAGGACGAGCCGGUGAAGUACCACGAGGCCUGGCAGAAGCUCUGCAGUGCCGACGGCAUCCUGGUGCCCGGAGGGUUUGGGGUUCGGGGCACAGAGGGGAAGAUCCAGGCCAUCAGCUGGGCCAGGAAACAGAAGAAGCCAUUUUUAGGAGUGUGUCUGGGCAUGCAGCUAGCUGUGUGUGAAUUUGCCAGGAAUGUCCUGGGCUGGAAAGAUGCCAACUCAACCGAAUUCGACCCCGAGUCCAAGCACCCUGUGGUGAUUGACAUGCCAGAACACAACUCUGGGCAAAUGGGAGGCACGAUGAGGCUGGGGAAGAGGCGGACCAUCUUUAAGAGCAACACCAGCAUAUUGCGGAGGCUUUACGGAGACGUCGAAUACGUUGACGAGCGGCACAGGCAUCGAUUUGAGGUGAACCCCGAGCUGAAGCAGCACUUUGAGGAGAAGGGCUUCCGCUUCGUGGGUCAGGACGUGGAGGGAGAGAGGAUGGAGAUCAUCGAGCUGGACGACCACUCGUACUUCGUUGGGGUACAGUACCACCCGGAGUUCACCUCUCGCCCCAUCAAGCCCUCGCCCCCGUACUUCGGCCUCCUGCUGGCGGCUGCCGGGAAGCUACAGAGCUACCUGCUGAAGGGGUGUCGCCUCUCGCCACGGGACACAUACAGCGACCGCAGCGGCAGCAGCUCCCCGGACUCGGAAAUCUCCGAGCUCAAAUUCCCCUCAAUCUCCCAGGACUGACAGUACGUCACAUGGGAAGAAGUGCUCACUUUUGAAGAAAUGGAUGCACCACCUCCUGGUACAGAGGAGCAUAUUCAGGACUAAAGUGCAUAUUUUAAAGACCUUUUAUAUUGAAUCACUACCAAGGAGUGCAAGAAGGGUUUUUUUCUUUUUUGUGUUUGUAUAAACGGCUUGUCUCUUUCCUCACCUUCCUGCCUGUAUCCCUGUGGAUUAUUUAUCAGAGCUCUGGGGCUAUGAAUAGGCAGCUCUUAUCACUCUUCUGGGCUCAUGGGCUCCAGGGCUGUGUAUUAAUACAGUGUAGUGCUGUAAACAGCCACCUUCCUGCAUCCCAGAAAAUAAAUUCAGCCUGUAUGCACUGACCCUAGUCCUUGGGAGUGGAAGCACACACAGGCCUUAUUUAUGUGAUGUUGGGGAGAGGGGUGGGGGUGGCUGGGUUGUUUCCUGGGAAACAGGCUGGUGCCUGGAAGGGGAUGCGUUUGUGUGUGAUGGGGUGGAUGUCCUCACAGAUGUUAUGCCACAGCCUGUACUGCUGGGUUUGCCUUAUCUUGAACUCGUUUGUUCAUGUUUUGAAGGGCUUGCAGUGACUGUUUACAUGCAUGUGUUGUCCCGAGUAACAGUCACAUUUCAAAUGAAGUGAGGCCACCGCUAACACUCCAAACAAGAGUAAACAAGAGUAUCCCAAAUAAGCCCUAUAAAGGACGUGUGCACUUUCUCAUCAGUUCUGAUGGAGAACAGCUCUGAGGGUACUCAGUGUUUUUCUUAGCAAUAAGCCAUUUUACAAAAGCGUCUCAUCAAUCCAACAAUGCAGGCUUUAUUUGCAGUGACACAAUAAGGUGUUUGCAUGCCCCAGUAUUCUGUACAAAAGAGCAAUAUACCACCUUAUUUAGGUUGUCACUGUCCUGGUUCCAAUUCUUGAUCAGGUUGAUGUGCAUGUAAACAGUCACUGUGGCCAUUUCACCUGGCUCUUUGAUACCCUAUAGUAUGACCUGCGGUAUGUUGUACCUGUUAAUGUAUUCUGCAUUACCAGAAGGGAAGCACAAGCUAUACAAAAACAUAUUCCUGUUUGUCAGCACUGAGCAGAAGUUUAAUAUACGAGCAUGACUUUCAGGCUGUGCCGUGCAUUUACGUAUGUUCUGAAAACGUUACCUUGGCCCUGUCAGAUUCCUGCAACCCGUUUUCCCCUCUCAAAGACCAGGAAUUGCAGCUUCCUGGGGUAACUGCUGUAACCCACAUUCAGUGGGCGUUCAACAUGCAUGGUCCCUCCUUACUUCACCUCAGUAAAACCAGUCAGAAUGGCUAGGUAAUUCUACGUUAAGGUGAUGCUGUUUUUAACUUGUAUUUCAGCAGCCAAGCUGUGAAUUUUACAGUCAAA